CAUCUUCUCCAAUUCAUAGCCGCUUUGGCCUUACCAUCUGUCUCUGGCGUUUCUUUCUGAAAACGUACCUGAGAAAAUAAAACCCAAUAGAAAAUGGUUCAAAGGCUCACUUACCGCACUCGCCAUAGCUAUGCUACCAAAUCGAAUCAACACCGUGUCGUUAAGACCCCCGGUGGGAAAUUGGUUUAUCAGACUACUAAAAAGAGAACUAGUGGACCCAAGUGCCCCGUUACUGGAAAGCGAAUUCAGGGUAUUCCUCACUUGAGACCUGCUGAAUACAAGCGGUCUCGAUUGCAUAGAAACCGAAGGACUGUGAAUCGUGCCUAUGGCGGUGUUUUGUCAGGCAGUGCCAUUAGAGAAAGGAUAAUUCGAGCCUUCUUGGUCGAAGAGCAAAAGAUUGUGAAGCAGGUUCUGAAAAUCCAGAAGGCAAAGGAAAAGCAAUCCUCAAAGAGCUAGACAUUUAAUUGCUGAUGCAGCUGAAUUGUGUUUGGUUCGUUGAUGAAAUGUGGAAACUGAAUUUCAGUAUUUUCCCCAUUAGGUAGUUUCAUACCAGUUAGUACGCCGCUUGUUCACUUGAUGACGAAUCGAUUUCGAAGUUAUUGUUUUU